AUGGAUCCUCUUUCUUCAUCGUUAUCAUCGACCUCGGUGCCACCACCACAACAUCAAAUCCAUGCGUCCCAGUCAAAAGAUCAAAUCAUAUCAAAACAACAAGCACUUGCUGUUUGCGCUCAAAGAAAAUCAGAGAAAUGUGCAUGUACGAAUCUUGCUUCCUCUUCCUCAUUAACAAUCAAUACUACAACCCCAAGCCAUCAUGCCAGAUUGGAGGUGACUCUUCAAGACAUGAUGUCACUUUAUGAAAAAAAGAGAUCAUUAUGGUUUUACAUCAACGAUGAAGAUGAAAAUGAAAAAGCAUUGUCACAAGAAUGUCUUCUCGUUCUUCAAAAAGCUUUCAAAAAUUGCACUCUUCCAACCAAAUAUUACUUUUCUGAUUUGUCAUUCCCAACCAACAAGAAAAACAAGUCAUCCUUCACCAUUGUGAAAUAUACUCCUCCUAAAAGUACUCAAUAA